UCAGAGCCUGUACGUUUCAAAAAAAGAAGCAAAAUGGCAGCGGGAGCAGAGCACGGGCUGAAGAGAAUAGUUUGGCAAAGAAUCAAGGACACUAUUAUCACAGACUGCAGAAAAUCAGAAGUAUGGAAGAUAAUGAUAUUAGACAGCUUCACCACACGGCUCCUGUCGUCUUGCUGCAAAAUGUCUGACCUGAUGUCCGAGGGCAUUACGAUUGUGGAGGAUUUGUUCAAAAGCAGAGAACCAGUCCUGGAGAUGAAGGCUGUCUAUUUCAUGUCUCCUACUGCCAAGUGUGUAGAUGCAUUCAUAAACGACUUCAAGAUAAAACCAAAGUACAAAGCUGCAUACGUCUACUUUACUGACUAUUGUCCAGAUGACCUUUUCAACAAAAUGAAACUGUUCUGUGCAAAGCACAUCAAAGUGUGUAAAGAGAUCAACAUCUCCUUCCUUCCCUUAGAGGCUCAAGUGUUUACUUGUGAUAAACCUGAGGCCUUCAAAAGCAUCUACAGCAAUAACAGUCAGAAUAAAGGGCUAACCCUAGAGAGCAUCGCCGAUCAAAUCGUCAGUCUGUGUGCCACCCUGGAUGAGUACCCUGGUGUUCGAUACAGGAAGGAAUCAGUGGUGGAUUAUGCUAAAUUGCUGGCUGAGCUAGUGGACAAAAAACUAGCGCAACAUUAUGAGCUGGAUGACGGCAACAAGAAGAAGGAAAAGACCCAAGCUCAACUAAUCAUUGUCAACCGUGGGUUUGAUCCUGUAAGUCCGAUACUACAUGAGCUGACCUAUCAGGCCAUGGCUUAUGACCUCAUACCCAUCAACAAUGACACCUACAGGUACAAAGGGAAGGACGGAUCAGAGAAGGAAGCCUUACUGAACGAAAAUGAUGAGCUAUGGAUAAGACUGCGACACAUGCACAUCGCCGAGGUCACCGCGCAAAUUCCCAAACUGGUGAAAGAGCUCUCUGCUAACAAGAAGCAGCCUGAUGGGAAGAUUUCGAUUGGAGGAUUAGCCCAGCUCAUGAAGCAGAUGCCCUCAUUCCGUAAACAUGUCGCUCAGAAAACAGUUCAUCUCUCUCUAGCAGAGGAUUGCAUGAACAAGUUUCAGAGCUCAGUGGAGAAGCUGUGCAAAGCAGAGCAGGACCUUGCUGUUGGUUCUGAUGUAGAAGGUCAGAAGGUGAAGGACCCCAUGAGGACGCUGCUGCCCAUUCUGCUGCACCCCCACAGCACCCAUGAUAAGAUCCGUGCUGUGCUGCUCUACAUCUUCAGCCUCAGCGGGACAACAGAGGAGAACCUCAACAAGUUAAUUCAACAUGUGAAGAUUGAGACGGAGCCGGAGUACAUCACCAACUGGAGAGAGUUAGGGGUGCCUAUCAUCAACUCGCCGAGUCUAUUCUCUUUCCGGAAGCCGUCUAGAAGAGAUCGCUCACAGGAAGAGACAUAUAACCUCUCAAGAUGGACGCCUGUUAUCAAGGAUGUGAUGGAGGAUGUGGUGGAGAAUAAGUUGGACGCGAGAGAUUGGCCACACCAGUCCGAAUGUCCCUCUGCAUGGAAUGGAUCCCGAGCUGUGAGCGCAAGGCAAAAACAUAAGCCGAGCUCCCUGGAGGACCACAGGAACGGCUCCCGCCUCAUCAUCUUCAUCCUGGGUGGAGUCAGCUACUCAGAGAUGCGCUGUGCCUACGAGGUCACCAAAGCCACCAAAUCCUGUGAGGUCCUCAUUGGUUCCACUCACAUCCUGACUCCCACCAGGCUGCUGGAGGACAUUCGAGAUCUGAGCAAAAAACCCAUGGAGACUUUCACAAUAAUGGAUGAGAGAGCCAGCUGCUGAGUUUCGGGAUGUUAGAAACCUUUACACUCCCUCUCCUCAACCUCCUACUGUGUUAAUCCCCCCCUCCCCUUUCUCCAAAGCACUCAGCACUCACUGUCUCUGUUAGAGGAUUGAAGGGAACUCAAAUGUGGGGGCCUCUCCCAGUUCUGUUACAGGCUACACACCUGGGGCAUGGGGCAGGUAAUCAUGCGCUGUGAAGCUACCUGCCUGAGGUGUGUGAGGCUCUAAUAGAAGAAAUGGAAGGAUUGGAUCCAUGAGUACUGGACCUCUUCAUACAGCUUGAACAAACAUCAGACUCUAAUGUUUGAAGAUGAUUCCAGAUGUGAUUCGUUUAUAUGGGAAACAUCAAGUUGUCAUCAAGAUUGGCUUAACAUUGUUCAAGUUGUGUGAAGAUGGCUAUUAAAGGGAUUUUUGGCUUCAGUGACCAAGCCAGUGUACACCACGUUUGGUGUCUGAUCUUUACUUCCUAUGAGGUAAUGUAGCAAAAUUGAUCAUGUAGAAUUCUGUUUCACCCAAAAUGUUUUGUAAAUGCAUGUGCAAAUGUUAAUAUACCAAAUACACGCUCUUGUAAAAUAGCAAAGAUUUGUAUUUCCAUUGUAAUUUAAAUUUAAGUGGAAGUACAUUAUCAGCACACAGUCCAUUCUGAUUGGUUAGAAGGUGUUAAGUUUCUAUAACAGCAGCGCUGACAGUCGUGCAACUGCAAAUCACAGGUGUUCAUGUGCUCAUUCUAAUACAUUAUCAUUUCUAUAGUAACAGUUAUGGAAGGAGUCUCCAGUGUCAGCGCUUUGUAAUAGCAGGAGGUUUACUUUGUGGUUUCUCUGUAACAUGACAAGCUACUGACAACCUUUUUUCAACAACUAAUCAACAGCUGAUAACAGCUUCUAUGAUGUAACCAGAACUUGUGCUUCAGAUUUUCUAUAAACGGAUAAUGAUCUUGUCAUACGUGGUCAAUUGCUGCAGUAUAAGAGGUGUAAAACACCUCAAGACAUGCUUUUAUAGGCAAGUCUUGUCUUUAAACUAGAAACUAAAGCAUGAUUCCUGUUGUCCAGUACAGCCACUUCUAGAAUGUUAUAGAAUUAAUUCACACCUUCAGAUUUGUUCAUGUUUAAGUCAGGUCUGUGUUGAGGUGAGGGAUAUUUGCAGAGAUUUUGGGUGAGAGAUUUCAAACACUUUUAGCUACAUUUAGCUUUGUAGUAAAUAAAUCAAACACCAGACGUCAUUUGAUUUGGUGUAAAUUAGAAUUUGCACUGAAGCAACUCUUUCAGAUAAAUUAUGGUCAUGAUGAAGCUGAUAAUUCCUGUAAGUUUAGUAGACAAAUUAUGCUAAUGAUAGUACUAUCUAUGCUUAUUAACCUCCUCAUUUAUUUAUACAUUACGCUAAAUUGCAGUUCGAGUUCAUACUGCUGUUUCUGUAAUUAUCUCUGCACUGCUUCGUGUGACUACUUAACUAUGGGAACUUGUAUACUUGUAAUGAAAACCAGCGCUGUUGCAUCAUGACCAUGUGUAACUGAAGUCUAGUUUUAAUAUAUUCCUAAUAUGUAAUUAGGACAUUUAGUAAUUCAAUGUACUAAAUUCUGGGGGUGGAAUGCAGAAGUCAUUUUGUGGACCUGCACAUGAUCUAAGAGUUCAUAUUUGUAACUGUCUUGUGUUUAAACACAUCAACAGUGACUGUACUGAGUAAAGAUCAUCUGAGUGCUGCAUCAUGGAGCCUGUUUUAGUGCUCUAACAAAGAGGAACUGUACCUUUUUCUUCAGUCUGAUCACUAAAUUACCUAUUUUGUAAAAAUCCUUAACCAGGAAUAUAAAUGCAAGGUGCCUGUAUAUUUGGUGAUUAGACUGAAAAUCAGUAAUGCCUGCAGGUUGAAGCAUAGGAUAUAAGAAGUACACCUCUUAACCUCGAAUAUAGUCAAUCAGCCGAGACAUUUCGUGGCUCUUGGGUUUGUUUGGGUUUUUUGGUGUGUUUUUUUUUUUUUUAAUUGAACUGAAAAAGCUAAUGUAACUAACAAAUAAGGCUGCUUUCAAGCUUGGCUCCCCCCCCGAAUCAUAUGCCAGGGCACAUUUUAUACACAAUCCUAUGAGAAACCCCGGCCUGUGUUCUGUUGUAAUUUGUUAAAUCUUUGUUUAACCCUUAGUACUCAUAAUAAUAAUUCAGAGCAACCUAGAUUGGUUAGUUAGCUGAACCUAGCAAAGACGUGUAAGAUUGCAUUUUUACAUAAGGUGCUUUGCCAGCAUUUUUUUCUGAAAAGGUGUGAAAGAACCUUUUGGCUGCCUUGUGUUGCUGGGCUGGAUGUGAUGAUUGAGAUGUGGUUGCUCUAAUGUGCCCUUACUUAUUAUUAGUGAUGAUUAGCCUCAAAGUAUUGGCUGCUUGACUACAUUUAGAGAAUAUUGUUAUAUUUUCUGAACUUUGUACCUGAUUGAGUACCGUUAGGUGUUAAGGUUCUCUGCAUCUUAACAAUAUAAAUCACGUAUUCAAGACAGGAUUGUAUUCCACGACCAGCUCUGGACCUUCACUUGUGUGCCUUGUUUGAAUUGCGUGACAAAAUGUAAAUAUAUAUAUAUACACAGUACCAGUCAAAAGCUUGGAUACACCUUCUAAUUCAGUUUUUUUUUUUUUUUAUUCACUAAAAGUCACUUCAUGUCUUAAAGUAAUGAUGGAUGUCGUUUCUCUUUACUUUAGUUGAGCGGUUCUUGACAUAAUAUGGAUUACUGCAGUUGUGGAAUAGGGCUAUUUACUGUAUUGUUUGCUGUUUGAUCUCAAAUGCAUUAAGAGGGCAAGAAAUUGCACUAAUUAACUUUUGAUGAGGCACCUGUUAAUUGAAAAGCAUUCCAGGUGAUGAAGCUGGUUAAGAUAAUGCUAAUAGUGUGCAAAGCGUCAAGGUAAACGGGAUACUUUGAGGAAUCUAAAACAUGAAAUGUUUUGGGUUUUUAACACUUUGUUUACGACAUAAUUCCAGAUAUGUUUCAGAUGUCGGUUCAUAGUUUUGAUGUCGUCAGUAUUGUUCUACAAUGUAGAAAAGUCAAAAUACAGAAAAACACAUGAGUAGGGGUGUACAAACUUUUGACUGGUACUGCAUGUCUGCUAGGAAUAACCAUAUUUUUGUGUUUUGUUGCAAUUAUGCACAUUAAUGAACAAUACAAUACUUUUUAAACAAAUGUAAUUAACUUUCUAUUGAAAAACUGACAAGUAAAUGAAUUAUAUGGUUCAA